AUGGCGGACAUUCGUCCCCAAACGCCUGUAGAUGCACCUUCAUCCAGCCAUAGAGGCAGUUGCACACCAAUUGCAUCUGUUGAGAUUCUAGAGGGUGAUCAUGACUGUCUGUUGUACUUGAACUCACCUUUUUGCCUGGUUGCAAGAGGUAGAAUAUAUCAUACAGUGGCUGGGGACUCCUUACAUAAUAUGACUCUUCCUCCAGAGUAUGGUAAGGUUUCUAUAGAGGUAGUGCAACAACAUGAGGAGGACUCUAGACUGUCUGUCCCAAAUGAACAAGCAAACCUCAUUUGCUUAAGAGAUGCCAUUGGUAAAGGGUUAGGGAAAGAGACAGACUACUCAAAAGAGUCCAUUGUUGGUCCAUCCAAUAAAGGUAGCAUUGGUUGUGUAUCAUCAGAGAUUGUAAAGUUGGCAGAAGCCCAAGGUGCUGCAUGCUUGGAUAUGAUGAAGCUAUUUGUGAGAAGUGAUCAAGCCAUUGAUACAGCUACAAUUCAACUGACAAGUGAGCACUGGGGUAAAGAGUUUUGUGAUAUUGUGGGGAAGGAAAACAUUAUAGAGGUCAUACGUCGACAUUGGUUGAGUGCCUCUAGCAUUAACCUUUACAUACGAUAUUUGUGUGAAGCUUACUUGCAUGGGACAAUGGCAAAUAGAUUCUCAUUUAUAUCUCCGUAUGAAAUGGACGAAGCGCUCAAUCUGAACCCACAUCAACAUAUAGGUGAAAUGUUAAAGCGUCAUAUGGGUGAAGAUCACUUGAUUUUUGCACCUUAUAAUGUUGGUGCUCUUGUCACGUAUCGAGCAGAGAAGGGAGUGCAGCCCUCUAGGACAAAGAUGACUCAAACAAAAUGGGUCACUGUACAGUGUCCAAAGCAAACAAAUAAUGAUGACUGUGGAUAUUAUGUGUGUCUAUUCAUUGGGGAUGCUUUGCAGCAUGGACAAACUGUAAUCCCAGUUAAUGUAUGCUAA